GUCCGAGCAGGUAGCGCAGUUUCGGCAGCCUGGCGAGUUGGCAGGUGGGGUGGGACUCACCCGUCAACUCGUUAAUUUUAAAAGUCAGUUUGGGAGUGCUGCAGCGUAGUCAGGAGGGCUGUGGCGAGGCGAGAGGUGGCCCGGGAUGCCGAUGGUGGGGGAGGAAAAGAGAAGCCUCGAAAAGCUUGGAGGCAAAAUUGCGCUUGGGUUCUUGGUCCUUGCAUCCCUCCUACCUUGAGUGCGGGAGAACACUUUUUUGUUUUAAGACUCAGCUUGGAGAGAAAGCCUCCGUCCCAGGGGAAGAGAGGAGUCAGCGGGGGGCAGAGACCGCAGCUACCUGCCGGGUGCGCCCCCCACCCCGGGCGCGCUCGCUUUUGUCCCCCCUCUCUCCCCCGCCCCCACCUCCUUAUUGGUGCUGGUUUGCAGCGCUCGGCCCCUGCGCCUCCGCUUCGCGUUUUGAAUCUGGCUCGUCCCUCCGUAUUAUGUCUGCACUCCGAAGGAAAUUUGGGGACGAUUACCAGGUAGUGACCACCUCGUCCAGCGGCUCGGGCUUGCAGCCCCAGGGGCCGGGCCAGGGCCCGCAGCAGCAGCUUGUGCCCAAGAAGAAGCGGCAGCGGUUCGUGGACAAGAACGGCCGGUGCAAUGUACAGCACGGCAACCUGGGCAGCGAGACGAGCCGCUACCUCUCGGACCUCUUCACCACCCUGGUGGACCUCAAGUGGCGCUGGAACCUCUUCAUCUUCAUCCUCACCUAUACCGUGGCCUGGCUCUUCAUGGCGUCCAUGUGGUGGGUGAUCGCUUACACUCGGGGCGACCUGAACAAAGCCCACGUCGGCAACUACACGCCCUGCGUGGCCAAUGUUUAUAACUUCCCCUCCGCCUUCCUCUUCUUCAUCGAGACCGAGGCUACCAUCGGCUAUGGCUACCGCUACAUCACCGACAAGUGCCCCGAGGGCAUCAUCCUCUUCCUCUUCCAGUCCAUCCUCGGCUCCAUCGUGGACGCCUUCCUCAUCGGCUGCAUGUUCAUCAAGAUGUCCCAGCCCAAGAAGCGCGCGGAGACCCUGAUGUUUAGCGAGCACGCGGUCAUCUCCAUGAGGGACGGAAAACUCACGCUCAUGUUCCGGGUGGGCAACCUGCGCAACAGCCACAUGGUCUCCGCGCAGAUCCGCUGUAAGCUGCUCAAAUCUCGGCAGACACCUGAGGGUGAGUUCCUUCCCCUUGACCAACUUGAACUGGAUGUAGGUUUUAGUACAGGGGCAGAUCAACUUUUUCUUGUUUCCCCCCUCACAAUUUGCCACGUGAUUGAUGCCAAAAGCCCCUUUUAUGACCUAUCGCAGCGAAGCAUGCAAACUGAACAGUUCGAGAUUGUCGUCAUCCUAGAAGGCAUUGUGGAAACAACUGGGAUGACUUGUCAAGCUCGAACAUCUUACACUGAAGAUGAAGUUCUUUGGGGUCAUCGUUUUUUUCCUGUGAUUUCCUUAGAAGAAGGGUUCUUUAAAGUCGAUUACUCCCAGUUCCAUGCGACAUUUGAAGUCCCCACCCCACCUUAUAGUGUGAAAGAACAGGAGGAGAUGCUUCUUAUGUCAUCCCCUUUAAUAGCACCAGCCAUAACUAACAGCAAAGAAAGACAUAAUUCUGUGGAAUGCUUAGAUGGACUAGAUGACAUUACUACAAAACUUCCAUCUAAACUGCAGAAAAUUACCGGAAGAGAAGACUUUCCCAAAAAACUCUUGAGGAUGAGUUCUACAACUUCAGAAAAAGCCUACAGCUUGGGAGAUUUGCCCAUGAAACUUCAACGAAUAAGUUCAGUUCCCGGUAACUCAGAAGAAAAACUGGUAUCGAAAACCACCAAGAUGUUGUCUGACCCCAUGAGCCAGUCCGUGGCUGACUUGCCACCAAAGCUUCAAAAGAUGGCUGGAGGAGCAGCAAGGAUGGAAGGGAAUCUCCCAGCCAAAUUGAGAAAAAUGAACUCUGAUCGAUUCACAUAACAAAACACCCCCAUUGGCAUUAUUUGCUGUUUGAUUUAGUAAUAGUCCAAUAUUUGGCUGAUGAGGUAAUUCUCGAAGGAAUCCGAAAGGUACAUUUCCCACCCCCCCAGUCAUAUAUGCUUAUUUGAGAACCCUUUCUUCCCAAGUAUUGCCACUGUGCAGAAAGCAAAAGUUAUGUAAAGGGAAGACAUCCUAAGAAAGUUCUUAUUAACGGGCAUGUAUUAUCACAUCAAGCAUGCAAUAAUGUGCAAAUUUUGCAUUUAGUUUUAUGGCAUGAUUUAUAUAUGGUAUAUUUAUAUUGUAUAUUAUGGAAAAAA